AUGUUUGGAAAUAUUUAUCUUAUAUUCUUCAUCAAUUCUCAAUUAAUUCAAUCAGAAUCUAAUCAUAGUUACAAACAACAAUUACAAAAAGAUUACGAUUGUAUAUUCAUCUAUGUAUCCAAUGACAUUGUUGAAUAUGUUCUUCCGUACAUUCUUCAACAUGAAAUUAUUGAAUAUUGUGUUCGACCAGGACCCAAUGAUAUUAAUAAUUAUAAUUUAUAUUCUUCAUGUUAUAAACAUUUAGAUUGUGAUCAUGUAUGUUUAGAUUGGCGACAAAUUUGUGAUGGAACAAUUGAUUGUAUUAAUUCUGGUCAAGAUGAAGAAAAUUGUUUUUGA